AUGAGACGUUUGAGGAUUGAAGAUUUAAGGGUAAAAGAUAGCCAACAGAUUCAUGUGUCCAUUGAGAAGUGUAGAGAUGUAGGAGUCUCGACUCUAUCAAUAAAUGCAACAGAUGAGAGUCCAAAUACAGAUGGAAUUCAUAUAGCCAACACGCAGAAUAUUGUCAUAAGCGAUUGUGAAAUUAGAACAGGUGAUGACUGUGUUUCAAUUGUAUCCGGGACUCGAAACGUUAAAGGGAUGAACUUAUUUUGUGGCCUAGGUCACGGAAUCAGCAUUGGAAGUUUAGGAGCUAAUAACUCCAGGGACCAUGUCAGCAAUGUUUUCAUGGAUACAGUUACACUUCAUGGUACUCAAAAUGGAGUCAGAAUCAAAACCUGGCAGGUAACUUAAACAACUAUUUACAAAAAAUGUGUUAAUUGCAUAAACCCCCUCAUCUAUAUAUUCAAUAGCUCUCAUCACCCUUCCAAGACUUUUAUAAGCAUUUAUUAUCCCUGGAUUGACAUUUGAAUCGCAGAUAACCCCCUCUUCCUCUUGAUUGAGGGGUGGUAAG